AUGUUUCAGGAGAUCCGGGUCAACUCAUCUGGCAUUCCUUAUACAACUGAGUUCCGUGAUCCUUCGUUUUUUUGUUCAUCCAGUACCCUUGAGUCAGCUCAUCAUGAAUGCCCCUCACCCUCCCUUUCUUCCCUUGCUGACCUGACUCUUACACGUCUUGAAUCCUAUUCUCCAUCAUCUUCUACAUCCUCUUUAACUCGCGUUCUUCUCUCCACUUCUUCGCCGUCGUUACCUCUGCAGAAAGCUACUGAUAAACCGACACCGCGUCGACUUUUCUCUCGAUCAUUCUCGUUGCGCUCUGCGUCCUCACUGCUGAGACGGAAGCCGUGUCGCGCAGUUUCUGAUCCUCUAGCAUUUAAUUCUUCCCCGUCGCAAAAUUGUGUUGACAACAGCAACAUCCGUUCUUCAUGGAUUGUUGUUCCACCAAAACCACUUCCGGCCCUGCCACAGAUGCGAUCUCCUCCCGAGUCGGAUUUGCGGGUGGCUGGGCUUCACAUAUGCUUUCGCGCACAUGUGGCUGGACCACAAAUGCACCCGAAGAAGAGGCUCGUACACUUGCAGAAGACUUUGGCUUCUGCUGUUUUAGCUGCAGGAAUGGAAACUCCGGCUACUGGCGCCGGCUGUUGUGCGGGAAAUAUGCAAGGGAAUAAGUCGCAGAUAAAUAAAGAGAGCAGCACGGGAGGUUUAUUCCGCGGGACAUACGGCCAGGUAACGACAGCCUUGGAGAGUGCGGGACUGAUCGCGACGCCCUGUGACGGUGAUGGUAUUGCUGGAGCCACGCGUCUUGGAGCUCUCUUCGUCGCACGUCCCGAUGGUCAUGUUAUGCAGCUUACCAAACUCACAUUGUGGGGUUGA